CGGAGUCGCCUGGCGUAGUCUUGGCCGGAUGACGAAAGAGGAUCUUUCCCCUCGCGCGGCCCGCGUGCCGCGCGUUAUAGAGCCAGCCGCCGGCGGGCUCUCGCCAUUGCGGAGCGCGCGCGCCGACUGAACGCUUCGGAGUGUGUAGCUUGGAGGAAGAUGCCCGAACAGUUCGGGCGGCGCAGCGCGUGAGACGGGACGAGUCGGACGAACGGCUGCGCGACGAGUGACGUGGAGGCUUGCCCGGGUGGCUGUCGCCGAGGGAAGAGGUCCGGCCGAGAUGCGAGCACGCUGGAGCGGGUUGCAGCCGGCGCUGCUGCCGCUGCUGCCGCUGCUGCCGCUGCUGCCACUGCUGCUUGUCCAAGGAGUGACGGCCGCUCGAGACGACGCCUCCGACGAGUGCUGCAAGCUGGGCACUUGGUGGGCGAAGUGGCGGCUGGGCUGCGGGGGCGCCGACGAGGCCGGGCGGAGCGCGUGCCUGGGGCGCGCCGGGGCCUGCUGCCGCGAGGCCUACCGGUGGCAGCUCUGUCAGCGCGGACGGGCCCUCGCCAGGGCGGGACUGGACUGCGCCGAGGCGGCGGCCCAGCGGCGGGGCGCGCCCGCGGAAUUGGCCCGAAUGGGCCGCGACUGCUGCGAGGGAUACGCCGGCGACGCGGCGAGCGGCAGAGGCAGCGGCAGCGGCAGCGGCUGGGGGCGCCGUGGGCCAUCCAGGGCGCCGAGAGCGCUGCGCAGCGGGGACGGCGAGCCGGGCCAGGCCUGCCCGGGGGGCUACCGGCUAAACCCCGGCUCCAGCAGCUGCGACGGUAACUACCGGCGCUCGCUCGGCCGCUCGGCCGCGCGGCCGCGUCGCGCGGCGUCGCGCGGCCUCGCCCGAGGCACCGCGGGCAGCGGGUCGCGGGGCGCGUCGGCGGGCGCGGGGCCCGAGGUCGCGGGGCGAGCGCGGGCCGGCGCGAGGCGACGCGAGGCGGCGCGAGGCGGCGCGAGGCGGCGCGAGGCGGCGCGAGGCGGCGCGAGGCGGCGCGCGGCCGGCCGAGCCGACGGCCGCGCCACCGACCGCCGCAUGCCGGAUCGCGCAGACGUGGACGAGUGCGAGCUGCUGGCCGAGCCGUGCGCCCGCGGCGAGCGCUGCCGCAACACGCCCGGCGGCUACGACUGCCUGCCGGCGGGCUGCGCGCGCGGCUUCGCGCGCGCCCCCGCCGGCGGCGGCUGUGUGGACGUGGACGAGUGCGCGCGGGGCCUGCACGCCUGCCUGGCCGCCGAGCUCUGCCGCAACAGCCGCGGCUCGUACACCUGCGAGGCGGCGCGGCCGGGCCCGAGGGCCGGCGCCGGCGCCGCCGCGCUGCCCUGCCGCAGCGGCUUCCGGCUGGCGCUGGAGGGCUGCGUGGACGUGGACGAGUGCGCGGAGGGCCCGGGCUGCCGCGAGCACGAGCGCUGCGUGAACCUGCGCGGCGGCUUCGACUGCUCGCCGCUGUGCGGCCCGGGCUGGUACUUCGACGUGGGCUCGGGCGGCUGCCGGGACGUGGACGAGUGCCUGCUGGGACACCACGACUGCCGACAGCGCAGCCACUUCUGCCGCAACAGCGAGGGCUCGUACAGCUGCGAGCCGCUGCCGACCUGCGGAGCGGGCUUCCGGCGCGGCCCCGGCGGCGGCGGUUGCCUGGACGUGGACGAGUGCCAGGAGGGCCUGCACUCGUGCUCGCGAGACUCGCACCGCUAUUGCGUGAACCGCGAGGGCGGCUACGAGUGCAUCACGAGGCUGCCUGCCUGUCCGUCGGGCUUCCAGUACUCGCUGCUGACGCGUGACUGCGAGGACGUGGACGAGUGCCGUGCCGGCGGGGCCGCCUGCGAGCCGCGGCUGCGCGAGCGCUGCGUCAACCUGCCCGGCGGCUACCGCUGCGAGCGGCCGGCGCCGCGGCUGAGGAGACUGCGGCCCGCCUGCCCCGCCGGCAGCCGCUACGACGCGCGGCUGCGCAAGUGCCUGAGAAUAAAUCUUUGUAAUGGAACUGGCGCGUUCUUUCAUUUAUCAGCACAAGCCCACACACCGAGCCACGCAAGCCUCGUGCCCUCCGAUCCGACUGCCGACCCCGACCCUGCCCCCGCCCGAGCCCCGAACGCCCUCCUCCCGCAGCCCGCGUGCAGUCGAGCGCUUCCGCGGGCCGCCGCGUCUCACGGGUUGCUUUGUGUUUCCGCUGCGGCGACAGACGUGGACGAGUGUGCCGAGGGCAGCCACAACUGCGGCCCGGACAAGUGCUACAACCUGCCGGGCAGAUUCGAGUGCGCCAGGGCCGUGCUGCCGGUGAUGAAGCGGCGGACCGGCGGUGAUUGCAGCGCCGGAUCCAAGUUCGACGCGCGCCGCGGCGGCUGCGUGGACGUGGACGAGUGCAGCGAGGUGCCGGGCAUCUGCGGCAGCUACGAGGACUGCACGAACACGGCAGGCAGCUUCGAGUGCCGCUGCAAGCCGGGCUUCCGCCGCGAGCAGCUCACGCAGGCCUGCGUCGACGUGAACGAGUGCCUGCAGGACAACGACUGCCAGUCGUAUCAGCGCUGCGACAACACCAUCGGCAGCUACGCCUGCGUGCGCGUCCUGUCCUGCGGCACCGGCUACACGCUCAACGCGGCCACCGAGAUCUGCGAGGACGACGACGAGUGCCAGAUGGGCACCCACGACUGCCCGCGGGGCUGGCUCUGCGUCAACACGCAGGGCAACUUCCGCUGCCGCCGGGGGGGCGGCGGCGGGACGACCGGUCGGCCCCCCCCCGGCUGGCCCGUCAGAGCGUCCCCGCGCUCACCGAUCCCCUCCGACCCAACCGCCCGCCGCGGACCUGCCGCGACGGGGCCGACGACCCGGACGACCCCAACGACCCUGGCGACUACGACCAGCGCGGCGACCUCGACGCCCACGACGCCCACGACGCCCACGACGCCCACGACGCCCACGACGCCCACGACGCCCACGACGCCCACGACGCCCACGACGCCCACGACGACCACGACGACCACGACCAGCGCUGAGACCCCGACGACCUCGGUGACCUCGGCGAGCGCGGCGACCCCGACGACUCCGGCCGCCCCGGCGAGCGCGAGUACCGAGCGCGCCCUGACCGUCGGCCCGCUGCGGACGACCGGCAGGUCGCCGACGAGCUGCCCGCCGGGCUACGAGAGCGGCCCCAGCGGCCGGUGCAUCGACGUGGACGAGUGCCGCGGUCAGCCGAGCGUCUGCGGCGCCUCCCGCUGCCUCAACUCUGUGGGCUCCUACAAGUGCGCGCCGCGGACGGCCUGCCCCGUGGGUCACCGCGCCGACCCGGCCACGGCCGAGUGCGCGGACGUGGACGAGUGCGCGCUGGGCAGCCACGAGUGCGGCCCCUACCAGCAGUGCCGGAAACGAGCGGGCGGCUACUCGUGCGUCUGCCCGCCAGGCUUCGAGAGCCGCGGCAACGAGUGCGUGGACGUGGACGAGUGCCUGCGCCUUUCGCCGUGCGGCAUCCACGGCCGCUGCCGCAACACCCCCGGCUCCUACCGCUGCAGCUGCGAGGCCGGCUUCGUGAGCGCGCCCGGCACCGGCGCCUGCGUCGACCUCGACGAGUGCGCCACCGGCGCAGGCCUCUGCGAGCAGCUCUGCUUCAACACCUGGGGCGGCCACCGCUGCGGCUGCGGCUACGGCUACCGGCUGCGGCCCGACAACCGCACCUGCGCCGACGUCGACGAGUGCGCCGAGUUCCGGACCGACCAGCUGUGCGUCGGCGUCUGCGAGAACACGCCCGGCAGCUACGCCUGCAAGUGCCCCGACGGCUACCAGCUGGCCGACGACGGCCGCACCUGCCAGGACGUCGACGAGUGUGCGGCCGGCGCCGCCUGUCGAGGGGCUCGCGAGCUCUGCCAGAACCUGCGCGGCGGCUACAGGUGCAACCGGAUCGGCUGUCCGCCCGGCUACGUCCAGGACCCCCGCAAGCGCAACCGCUGCAAUCGCGAGAGUCCGUUCUGCCCGGCCCACGACAGAGCCUGCUUGGAGCGCCCGGCCCACUACAGCUAUAACUACAUCGCCAUGGUGUCCAUGUUCCCGAUUCCGGCCUCCGGACAGGUCGAGCUGUUCGUCAUGCGCGGCUCCUACAGCGUGCCCGGCUCCACGGCCAUCUUCAGCAUGGCCUUCAUCGCGGCGCGGGCGUCACCCGGCGUGCAGCCCGCCACCGAGGAGUGCUUCUCGCUCGACCGGCAUUUCCCCGCGCAGGCGGUGCUUUCCCUAGUCAAGAGCCUGCCGGGUCCGCAGGAUAUCGAGAUCCAGCUCUCUAUGGAGGUUUACGGGCCCAGCGGCCUCUUCACCGGCAGCGCCGUCGCCAAGAUCUUCAUCGUCGUUUCGCAGUACGAGUUUUGAGGCCAACUCCUCUCCGCUUUGCUGCUGCUGCUGCUGCUGAGCUAACCGUCACUGCAUCGUUCACUAUAAUUUCUCUUCUGACGACACGAAUAUCAAUAAAAUUCAUAAUUUGUAAUGAAGCAAUUGUUUUUUUAACUGUGGAAUGAUAGACGACUACAAGUUCCGUCAGGCUCGGCGUCGACAUUUUACCAGCCAAUUUAUUUCGAUUUUUCGACUUCCACUUAUUUAGAGCUAAUUUUCGUCUUUCUUUAUUGGAAUCGCAGGG